AUGGCCUCGGACAACAACGAGGGAGUCAAGAAGAUGUGCGCCGCAAAGGUGGCCAAGAACAUUCUUAAGUUCAAGCGCGCACACAAGAAGUUGAAGAAGCGUCGCGAAGAUCAGAGUCGCAAGAAGCUCCGCCUCUCCACUUUCAAGACUGUCGUCGGGGGCGUUGCUUGCGUCGUCGCUGGUGCUGGACUGGCCUUCGGCAUUCGCAAAUUCUUUGGGACCGUCACGCCUUCUACGACCGCCGCAACAACAACGAUGGUCGCAGCUGCCAAAGUGACACCAAGGAAGAGCAUCCGUAUCCGUCUGCCACCAACCAGGACCGCUCAUCCUAACCCUGCUUGGUACUAG